AUGACUGUUAUAGAAUCAUUUGCUCUAAUUACUGACUCUACUACUCACAAUACAACAAAGCAAGCUACUGCUGGCCCAUCAACAUCAGAGAACAUCUUUUCCAACAAUAAUGAAAAUUUACCUGGAACAAGUUGUUCAUUGUAUGAAAGUGAAAGUGCUCGUGGAACAGUAAGUGGGAUGAAAACAAUGAGAGAAAUGUUCUCUAAUCGUGGCGAGAGUGAAUCAAAGCAAGCACUUGAGCUAAAUGAAACCCUGAAAGAGGCAAUUAAUAUGGUUGUAGAGGACGAUGACAUGUCAGUAAAUAACAGGUACGGGUCACUGAUUACAAAAGAAUGCGAUGCAGAUGUGAAUAUACUCCAUGAUGAUGAUGAAAAUUUGGAAUCAUUUUUGGAAAUGUCUUCGAAAACUCACUACACAGUUAAUGCAACACUGACCGAGAAGCUUGAACACUGUAAGGAACAGUUUAUGGACAGUUCAAAAAACUUCAGAAUAAAAGUACGAAGGCAUCAUGUAUGGGAAGAUACAAUGAUAAAACUUCAAAGGGAUGAUAAUAAUCCAACAAAAGUACAGUUCAUUGGCGAACCUGCAGUCGACCAAGGCGGACCAUCUCGUGAAUAUUUUGACCUGAUAAACGAAGCCGCUGAAAGAAAGUUGAUUACACAAUCAGCGUUCAGACAUAAUAUUACUGCCUUGAAAGGAUGGGAGUACUAUGCCUUUGGGCAGUUGACAGCUAUUGGUUUGCUUCAAGGAUCACCUGGCCCAAGAUGUUUUACAAAGUCAGUGUUUGACUAUAUUUGUUCUGGGAGCAUUGAUAAUUUAACUCCAUCCACAGAAGAAAUCCCAGUUCAUGAGGUGAAGAAUAGCCUCAUGGAGUUGAACAAUCUUACAAAUCCUGAUGAGUUUAAACAAAAGGCAUCUUUUGAAAGUGAUUAUCGAUUUGAUGCUGGAUAUGCAAAGCCCAUUGUAACAAUGGCUGACAAAGACGAUUUUAUAAAAUGUAUUGCCCUUCAUUAUACUAUACUUGUUUCCUUAAGUGAGCUCAACCAAUUUGUCGAUGGCCUGAAUACCUGCGAUAUGUUACAUCUUAUCAAAAAAGACCCUGAUAGUUUCAGAUGUUUAUUUGAAAUGGGUCAUGUAAAGCUUACUGCUGAAGAUGUUGACUCUAUCUUUGAUCCUGUUUUCAGUCCUGCUGGCAGCAACAAAUUUGCAAUUGAACAGAGCAUCAUUUUUAAUUUCAACCAGUACCUUGAGGAUGCGGAACGUGGUAAGGUAACCGGUCAACUUGAAGACAGAGAAGUCAAAGUACCACUAAGUGAUAUUCUUCAAUUUGCAACUGGCGCCCAACAUGUUCCCGCUGUUGGCUUUUCUCCUCGCCCUACUAUAGUGUUCCUGCACCACUUGCAUAUGGCAAGAAAGAUAAGCACAAAUUCAUGUGCUAACAUUCUUAAGUUUCCAGUAAGUGGUCUAGAAGAUGAAAAAAAAAUGUCUGAGGAGUUCACGUUUUGUCUGCUGAACUCGUCUGGGUUCCAAUUAGUUUAA